AGUCCAGACAGAUUCAUGCUGCUCAUCUUUCUGGAAACUCGGAGCAACAAGGCCUCUUACAACAAUGAGACUAAAUCAUAAACUGUGUGAGAGAAAACGCGAAGCACGAUGAUAAGGUGAAAAACUUUUGCUCGAUACGACGACGCGCACACCGUGCAACAUGCAGUAGUAUAAGAAAGCCUUUGCUUAGGUAAGCGAGGUUGGGUUAGGUGCAGCGGUGGCAAGAAUUGAAAUUGAGGUUAGUUUCUUGCACACAUGUACGCAAUAUGCAUGUAUGCACGUACCGUGAAUUAUUGAUAUGUAAACAUAGCUACGCAAGUGCAGUUAAAAGCGUUUUAUAAAUAUUAGUUGGCAAUCGAGGAUAGUAGUGUACAAUCGUAAAUAUUUACACUAUAAAACGGAAAUUUAACGGUAAAAGAACUUUCUGUUUAUAACGUAAAAUAAACUAUUCGAAAAAUGGCUGAGAAACCAACGGAGGAGCUGACUCCUUCCGACUUAGGGACGCUGGAGUAUUGGGAGAGGACCUAUUCCCUGGAAAUCGACAACUUCGAAGAUCACGGCGACGUAGGCGAGGUGUGGUUUGGCACUGACAGCUCGGCAAAAGUCGUAAGGUUCGUAACAACAAAGUUAAACCUAUCGAAAGAAACCGACAAAAUAAUCGAUCUUGGCUGCGGUAAUGGAAUGAUGCUAGUGGAUCUGGCGAAAGCAGGCUUCAAGCGUCUCACGGGCGUGGACUACUCCCAAAAAGCUAUAGAUCUGGCGAAAAAAGUCCUGAAGGAGGAGGGAUUCCCCGAAGUCGAUCUCAGGGUCCACGACAUCGUCGAUCCCGCAGGUACAGCCGAGGAUUUCGUCUUCAGAUUAGCUCACGACAAAGGUACCUACGAUGCCGUCAGUCUGCAUCCGGAUAAUCCAAAGGAGAAUCGCGAGAAGUAUAUUAAAAAUUUACACAAGAUUCUAGAGGAUAAGGGCGUUCUCGCUCUAACGAGCUGCAAUUGGACCAAGGCUGAGCUGAUCGAGCAUUUCAAGGAUUAUUUUGAAUUCUCGACUGAGUUGCCGACGAAAACGUUCUCCUUCGGAGGCCAGACAGGAAACACGAUUACUCAGCUGGUGUUUAUAAAAAAAUUACGACAAAUAAAUAAAUAGAUGUACACACGUGAA